AUGUUCAAGCUAUCACGACAAGUACGCAUAAUCAUACUGCUGGUCAUCAAUACCCUUUUUUUUUUGGCCGAGAUCAUAAUUGGUUACCGUGUAGGCUCGCUAGCUCUGGUAGCCGACUCUUUCCAUAUGCUGAACGAUAUGAUCAGUCUGGUUAUUGCUCUAUGGGCUGUCAAGGUUGCGGCAAGGACAGAAUUCGAAUCUAAAUAUUCGUAUGGCUGGCAGCGGGCUGAGGUCCUCGGGGCCCUCAUCAACGGUGUAUUUUUGCUUGCUCUUUGUUUUACUCUUCUUAUCGACUGCAUUGAGCGGUUUAUCAGCCCACAAAUCGUAACCGAGCCGGUAUUGGUGUUGAUUACAGGCUGCGUAGGGCUUGCAGCGAACUUGUUUGGUUUGGUCUUGUUCCAUGAACACGGCCAUUCUCAUGGACACAGCCACUCGCACUCCACUAAUGAUAAUGUGAGUGCCUUGGAUAUCGCACCGGCCCAUAUCUCAAGAGAUGACAGCCACGCUACUUUGUCAAAUGACGCAAAGGACGGUAUUAGAGAGGCAAACCGGCUACCGAGUAGCCCAAGAAUUGACGACGUGAAUAGGCUGAGAGAUAGUAUCGACAGGAAUACAAUGCAUCCUUCCGUUGCUAGAGACUUGAUUGUACAACAUGCUAGACAAUAUUCGUCCCAUGAUGUUGCUCACGACUAUGGCUCUUCAUCUGGCUCUGAGCAACACCACCAUCAUGAAGAGGGUGAAUCUGAGCACUCACAGCAAAAUCUUAAUAUGCGAGGUGUCUUUCUCCAUGUUGUGGGUGAUGCCUUGGGCAAUAUCGGUGUGGUUAUAAGUGCUCUGAUCAUCUGGUUGACUCCCUAUAGUUGGAGAUUCUAUUUUGAUCCAUUGAUAAGUUUGAUCAUCACCAUCAUUAUUUUCUCUUCGGCCCUACCGCUUGUACGAAGUACUUCUUUCAUCCUACUUCAAGGUGUUCCCAAUACGAUUGCAAUCGAUGACGUUCGACGAGAGCUUUACAAGACAGCCGAUGUUCUCUCAGUUCAUGAACUUCAUAUAUGGCAGCUCUCAGACACCAAAACAAUUGCAUCCCUCCAUGUCCUGUUGUCGUCGACUUCCAACUACAUGACUGUUGCUCAGCGCGUGAGAAAGCUUAUGCACCGGCACGGCAUUCAUUCCAUCACCAUACAGCCAGAGUUCGUUGACCCUGACUCGUCCGGCGAUAUCAUCGCAAAUGCGCAGAUUCCUCCAGCGGAGUCGAAUACACCACAGCGCCAACCGAAGACUUCAUGGUGGGCCAAUAUUCUACCUUGGUCAAAGAAGAAAACAACAGACGAGGAGAAACAAGUAGAAAAUAGUCCAGUAUGUUGUCAAAAGUUUGAAACAAUGUGCUUGAUAGGGACUAACCUUUGUAUCUAG